AUGGGUACAGCGAGAAGAGUUUCAGCAGAAGAAAUGUCCCCUGGGGACGUUACCUUCAAGUUUAUGGUGGUAUCAAAAGGAGUAGGAGUAGGAGAACGGGGACGGGUUAAAGAAGGAGGAGAGGAAGAAGAAGAAGAAGAAGAAGAACGAGAGUACGAUAGCACUGCAUGCGCGCUCUCAUUGGCCUUGAUGGUGAUGCCGAUCUAUCUGCUGGUGCGCGCAUGCCGCAGUCGGGCUAAGGGAGAGAAGGUAGAGCCGGUUAUGCCGGCUAUUAGAGAAGAUAGAGCCGGUAUUUCCAUUAUCAGGGAACAUAUAUAUAUAAAUAUGCGGUCUAGUAUGUUUGAUAUUACGUAUACAUGA